AUGUUCAAGUUGCAAGGAAAGGCUUUGUUCAGGGCAUCAACUCUGUUGGCUGCUGCUGGUUUCGUACUUUUUGGUUAUGAUCAGGGUGUCAUGUCAGGCAUUCUACCUAAUGAGCAUUUUCUUGAUCUCAUGGGACAUCCUAAUUCAGUUCUCAUCGGCCUCAGUGUCGCCAUCUACGAGUUAGGUUGUCUAGUAGGUGCACUGGCUACCGGAAGGCUCAGUGACAUGCUCGGAAGAAGAAACGCUAUAAGACUUGGCUCCACUAUUCUUAUUGUAGGUGCUGUUCUCCAGACUAGCACCGUCAGUCUUGGCAUGACCAUCGCCUCUCGUAUCAUUACUGGUAUUGGUAAUGGUAUGAACACUGCCACUGUCCCUGUGUAUCAAUCAGAAAUCUCGCCUCCUAAGAGUAGAGGUGCCCAUGUCUGCUUUGAAUGUGCUCUUAUUGUUGUAGGUAUUGGUAUUUCUUACUGGCUUGAAUACGAUCUUCAUUUUGUGGGCGGUGAAUUUGCUUGGAGAUUCCCUUUGGCUUUCCAGAUUCUCUUUGGUCUCAUUCUUGUCGCGGGUACGUUCAUUAUCCCAGAAACGCCUCGCUGGUUAGUGGCUCAUGGUAAAGACGACGAGGCAAAGGAAGGGCUCUCUAGGCUGUGGACAAACGGCGACGUCAAUCAUCCUCGCUGUAUCUCAGAAUAUGAAGAAAUUAGAGAUGGUAUCGAGCUUGAGCGACGUGAAAAUGUCUCUUCUUACAAGGAUUUGUUCACUAAAGGCAAGUUCAACAACCGUAAAAGAGUGCCUAUCGGUAUGCUCAGUCAAAUUAUACAACAACUGGGCGGCAUCAACAUUACCACGUACUAUCUGACUGAUGUCAUGCUCCAAGCUGGUAUGGAUACUGAUAUGGCCAUGUUGAUGGCUGCUGUGGACUCUAUUGUCUAUUUCAUUGGCGCUAUGCUACCUGUCGUCUUGGUUGAAAGAGUGGGCAGAAGAAAGAUCAUGUUGUGGGGCCUGCUUGCACAGGCAGUGACUCUUUGUUGUAUUGGUGGAUGUCAAAAGGCAAAUACGGAUAGACAGACAACUGCUGCUGCUAAGGGUGCUGUAGCAUUCACUAUGUCGUACAAUUUUGUGUUUGGAGCCAGUUGGCUGGGCAUGUCAUGGUUGUAUCCAGCUGAAAUCUUUUCGACAGGCCUUCGCGCAAAGGGUAAUUCUCUGUCAACAGCUGCAAACUGGCUUGGUAACUUUGUUGUUGUUGUUGCAAUGAUUGCACCUGUUCUCUUUGAGUACAUCACUUUCUGGACUUAUAUUCUUUUUGGAUGUAUGAGCAUUGUAUUUAUACCCAUGGUCUACUUUUGGUUCCCAGAGACCAAAGGUCUAUCGCUUGCACAAGUGGAGAUCCUCUUUGCUGUGGAUGACAUUAAAGCAGAUAUCCAGCCUCUUGCCUCAGAGCGCAAUCACCACACAUAUGAAACUGAAAAGAAAAAUGACGUCGAGAAUCGUAUGGAUGAGUACGAUGCUCCAGCUCCGUAA